GUCUGUAGCAUGUUAGCUUCUGCGAUGCCACUUCACACAUUUUGAGGAGAAGCGCAUUUAUUAUUAAGGACAGGAAAGCGUGAAGCUAAUAACGUUCAUUUAAAACACAUGCAGAUUGACUUUAUUGUAUCUGCAUAACAAAAUAGCAGCUUUAUUGUUUCUAAGUCAACCAGGAAGCGACGUUAACGCCAGGAAGCUCACUACAUCAUCAACGGGCUUCAUGUUUAAACAUUUGUUAAACUGUAACAAACAAAGAAGCUUUCCCCGCUUGUUGACAGUAGAAUAAGUCAUGAAGGUGGUCAACAGUCAGGGUGGAGGGGCCUUCCUGGUGUGGAUCCUGGUUGUUCAGCUGGUCCUGUGUGGGAGUGGGGUGUACACCGCUAAUGGCACCAACAGCUGUAAACUGGUCUCUGAAUCUGUCUCAGAACGGAAAGUCCUGAACCGACUAGAGCCACUCGUCCGUAAGAACUUUACAGCAGUGACCAAGAAUGGAACUGAGAGUUACACAUAUGUGUUCCAGUUGUGUGGGGAUGCAGGCAGUAUUCCAGGAGCUGGGGUUGUUCAGUUGGACAGCAUGAAAACGGAAGUAAAACCAACAGUGAUUGGCAUGUAUGGUGCAACACAGGCCAUUGGAGGAAGUGACUGGGUGAUGUUGAUCUACACAGAUGGGGACAGAUAUGAUGCCCACUGCUCUAAGGAAAAGAGGAAAGCCAUGGUCAUGAUCUCUUGUGACAGAAAAACGGACGUGGGUGAAAUGAAGGUAGUGUUGGAGGACAGGGAUAGGUUGCAGGACUGUUUCUACCUGUUUGAGCUGGACUCCAGUGCAGUGUGCCCAGCUAUUGAGUCCCACAUCAGCACUGGCUCCAUAAUACUCCUCAUUGGUUUCUGUCUUCUGGCUGUUUAUCUCAUCGGAGGUUUCCUUUACCAACGACUGAUUGUUGGAGCCAAAGGGAUGGAGCAAUUCCCAAAUUAUGCUUUUUGGUUGGAGGUCGGCAAUCUGACAGCGGAUGGGUGUGACUUUGUGUGCCGGUCAGGAAAACGGGAGGAAGCCCCGGCUUACAGGGGAGUGGCAACAGAACCUUUAGAAGAAGAGCCAGAGGAGAGAGAUGACCACUUACUACCUAUGUGACCUCAAUAUGUCAGACAUGGGACAGAAAUCUUCACUGUGUGACACAGUUUACUCUUUCACAGGUUACAGGUUGCUGUUAGACACAAGCCUUGUUUUUCUUGUGCAGGUUUAGGUUAGGACCUGUCGACACUUUGCGUGUAUUCCAUACUUGUGCCUAGCUACUGUGUGAUCUGCUUGUCACUUAAGAGGGCAUGUUGCUCAUAGGGCUGACAGUCAUGUCUCCUCUUCCUACCCCAUGCAUUUCAUUCAGCUGUUUGAUGUCAAACAAAUGAGUGAUUCAUCCAAGAUUACAAAGUGACAAUAAAGACUCUUCUCCCAUGGAAAUCUGGCACAAAAGGGAGAAGUUAAGUUGGAUUUCUGCCUGAUUUUAAACUUAAUGACAUAUUGCUGCCAUCUCUUUUUCUGCUUAGCUAAUGAUUGAUUGAUUGUUGGAAGUUGGUGCAGGUUGCAGCUAGCUGCUUUAUCUGGGACCCGGUUGUGCACUGACAGUUGCAGGUUACAAAACACACAAGUGCUUUCGCUUGUGUAAUUUAGCUUUAAUCAGUUUUUGUGUUUUGAAAGUAAUGAGAAUGGGAAUUUUUAUUUCUGUGACUGUGCUCACAAUUUUGCUACACAAGUAGAACUCACUGCAGAAACCAUAGCUUGACUGACUUAGUUGGGCUUUUUCCCUUUCUCCCACAUUAUAGGGAAAAGCUUCUACAUCAAUGCUAAAUAUUUUCUCCCUAAAAUGUUGAGUAUUGCCAGUUUCCUGACUGAAAUCUGAGCUUGACUGUUGUAAUCAACCAUCCUCUCAAUUUUUUUUUUUUUAUUGAUUUUUGAGUUUAAAAGACACCAACAGACAAUAUAUACUGUAUAUGUACACACAUACAUACAACAGAAAAAUCCCACCCCAAACAAACAACAGAUGCUGCAAUGUCUACAAAGUUGAAAGAAUGAUAGAAAAGUAUAUAAAAUAACAAACUAGUACUGUACAAGAAAUAAAUAGCAAAGUACAUACAGAUUUAACCAAACACAAUUAAGUUAGAAUCUCUGCAGGAAGGAAUGCAAUGGUCUCCAGCUUCUCCAGAAUCUUUUGGAAUUAUAUUUGAGGUCAUAAGUCAGUUUCUCCAGAGGGAGAAGAGCCGAUAUCUGUGACACCACAUACCGGCCGUGGGGACUUGCGGAGCAGACCAACUCAGUAAAAAACAUUUUUUAGCCAGAAAUAAAAAUAAAAGAAUUAUCGGUGUCCCAUCCUCUCAAUUUAUAUCCGUGAGGUCAACAAUGCGGUUAACUUGAUGCGCUAAACUUACAAAUUUGGUGUUUAAAGCAAAGCAUCCAACUAAAAUGCAAAAUGUAAUUACAUCUCAAAUCACUAAUUUUAGUUUAUAAAAUGCUACCACACAGUGAUAGGCAAUUACAAGAGAUUAAUAUAUGAAUUCUGCUAUUCAUAAUUUAUGAUAUCAAGAUGUAUAGUAUAUAUGUAGUAUAUGUACUUGUAUUUUCAUAGAAUAAAUGAACACACAGCAAAAGAUUAUUGUUCAUAAUCUCAAGCCUAUUUAAUAAUGAAUUUUGUAGUGGUAAGACUGAUCAAAAUGCCUACAUGGUAAAACUGAUCCAAACACAAGAUAUACACACACACACACACACACACAC